AUGCAAGCCACCCUCGACGCCUGGACCCUCCCGCGAGGCUACUCCAUGCGCAUCGCCGGCGCAAAAGUAACCGGCAAGCGAAAAGUCCGCUGGGUCUGCUUCCGCGGCGGCGAAGCCCGCCACCACCGACCCCCCGUCGACCCCUCGGUGUUUGUCAAGGCCAAAGAGGAAGGCAGGCGGAAGCCCACUACCGAUAGAACCUCCAAGAAAUGCGGCUGUCUCUUCAAGUUUGAGGUCAUCGAGACAGCCAAGGAUUCCGACGUCUGGGUGCUGCAUUACCCCAACGAGGAACACAAAGUCCAUAAUCAUGGACCGAGCACCGACACCAGCGACCCGAGGGCGAGGAAGCUGCCGGAUUUCGUGAGCGCCGAGGUGGACGGCUGGUUGAGGGAGGGGAGGUUGGUGAGCCAGAUUCAGGAGGAGCUUAGGAGGAGGGGGUAUGUCAAUGUGUUGAAUACGGAUUUGUAUAACCGGAAGAGGUUGUUGAAGAAGGAGGAGAGUCAACAGCAGCAGCAGGGGAAUAAUGCGCAAGGGGGUGGGCAGACCGGGCAGCAGGUUGUGGGGUGA